AUGGCCACCUCCCCGCAGAAGUCGCCCUCUAGCCCCAAGUCCCCCACUCCCAAGUCGCCCCCUUCCAGAAAGAAAGAUGACUCCUUCCUGGGGAAACUCGGAGGGACUCUGGUCAGAAGAGAGAAGUCAGAGGAGGUUUCAGAGCUUCAGGAGGAAGGGAUGAACGCCAUCAACCUGCCCCUCAGUCCAAUUCCCUUCGAGCUGGACCCUGAGGACACGAUGCUUGAGGAGAAUGAAGUUCGAACGAUGGUGGAUCCAAACUCACGCAGUGACCCCAAACUGCAAGAGCUGAUGAAGGUAUUAAUUGACUGGAUUAAUGAUGUGCUGGUUGGAGAAAGAAUCAUUGUGAAAGACCUGGCUGAAGAUUUAUAUGAUGGACAAGUACUGCAGAAGCUUUUUGAGAAACUUGAGAGCGAGAAGCUGAACGUUGCUGAGGUCACCCAGUCGGAGAUUGCUCAGAAGCAAAAACUGCAAACUGUUCUGGAGAAGAUCAAUGAAACUCUGAAACUGCCUCCCAGGAGCAUCAAGUGGAAUGUGGACUCUGUUCAUGCCAAGAGCCUGGUAGCCAUCUUGCAUCUGCUAGUUGCUCUGUCCCAGUAUUUCCGGGCACCAAUCCGACUGCCAGACCAUGUUUCCAUCCAAGUGGUUGUGGUUCAGAAACGAGAAGGAAUCCUCCAGUCUCGGCAAAUCCAAGAGGAAAUAACUGGUAACACAGAGGCUCUUUCCGGGAGGCAUGAACGCGAUGCCUUCGACACGUUGUUCGACCAUGCACCAGACAAACUCAAUGUGGUGAAAAAGACACUCAUCACAUUUGUGAACAAGCACCUGAAUAAACUGAACCUGGAAGUCACAGAACUGGAAACCCAGUUUGCAGAUGGUGUGUACCUGGUGCUGCUCAUGGGGCUCCUGGAGGGCUACUUUGUGCCCCUGCACAGCUUCUUCCUGACCCCAGACAGCUUUGAACAGAAGCGCUGGCCAUACGCUCCUGCCAAGCACCACAGCCCAGCCUCUUCUCUGCCCUGA